CAGAUUCUAUUCGGGGACCGGAUUGCUUCUGGUCGCUACCGUGCUCGCAUACUGACGUUCAGUCACGUAAACUUGACCGCCUCUGUCAUUUCAUUGCUUCGAGAAGCACGUCUUCGUGAACCGUGCAAUAUUUUGAGUUUGGAUUUCUUUAAAGUUCCAUUAUUACAAGAAGGAGAAGGACUAUUCCAAUUGGCAAGAUGCCGACGUGCAUGUGCGAACCGCAAUCUUUGGAUCAAGAGAACCAUGUAUGCCCGCUGAACUCUAUUGUUGAGAAUAAUGAAUUCGAGGGAAAACAAGACUAUGCAGUUCGAUACAGAGAUGGAUCUGUGCGACUUCGAAAUCCAAACAUUGAACUCAUGGAUCAAGAUAUAUUGUAUCAUCUUGCUCUGGGAAGUGGUUCUCAUGAUCUCGUCGAAAUGUUCGGUGACGUGAAGUUUGUCUGCAUGGGCGGAACACCAAAACGAAUGGAAGAUUUUGCCCACUUUAUAAUGAAGGAAAUAGGUCACAAGCUUCCGUCUGGAACAACGCUUCUUGACAUUAGCCAGUAUUCGUACCGAUACUGCAUGUACAAGGUUGGACCAGUGCUUUCCAUUAGCCAUGGAAUGGGGAUCCCAUCGGUCGGAAUUCUCCUUCACGAAGUGAUCAAGUUAAUGUACCAUGCAAAAGUGAAGGAUCCUAUAUUCUUUAGAAUCGGUACCUGUGGUGGAAUCGGCCUUGAAGGUGGUACCGUUGUAAUUUCUGAAGAAGCAGUCGAUGGAAUGCAGAAGCCUUACUUAGAACUGUCUGUAUUAGGGAAGAUGGUACGAAGACCAGCAAAGCUAGACCGACAAUUGGCUCGUGAACUGAAGGCGCUUGCGCAUCGUGAAGACCCUUACGAGACUGUAGUCGGUAAAACCAUGUGCACUUACGACUUUUAUGAAGGACAAGGUCGACUGGAUGGCGCAUUUUGUGAUUUCACGGAAAACGACAAAAUGGAUUACUUAAGCAAACUGCAUAAAGCCGGUGUAGUAAAUAUAGAGAUGGAGAGUCUUUCCUUCGCAGCUCUCACGCAUCAUGCUGGUAUCAAGUCUGCUGUGGUUUGCGUGACGUUACUCGACCGUCUAAAAGGCGACCAGGUAAUGGCACCGAAAGAAGUCCUAGAUGAGUGGCAAAUACGACCGCAACAGUUGGUUGCACGUUACAUAACUAGAUACCUUCAACGAAAAGGUCGGCUUUCACUUGAAGGCCACGGAUCAAUGUGUGUCAAGAGUCCGCGUCGAUUCAAGCUGGUGCAACAGGAAUCAGAAAACUACGAUUAAAUAAAGACGUAUUGCGAAAUUCCUAGGUAAACUUCUAAUAACCUUGAUAAUAGUAAGUGUCACUGCACGAUGAUGGAUAAAUACGUACAAAUUCGUUGGGUUUUACUCAUCUGCAACUAAAAGCAUCUGUACACUGUUUCAUGUAUUCACGAAAAGAUAUUGCAGUUUCCACAAAGAAAUCUUUAAUCUAUAAAAAAUGUCAAAAUUUUUCGUUUACAAAAAGAUAUAAUUUUCAUUAUUUACGCAAGUAUACAAAUACAAAUUAUUUUUUCCAUUAGAAUUGAAUCUAAUUCAUUAUGUAAUAGUUAUAGUACAUUAAAAAUUUGCAGACAUAAUGUUUACGUAAAAGUAUUCGUGAUUAGCAUUUAGUACCAAAAUUAUAACUAAUAUCUGCUAUUUUUUGAUUGUAGUAUACAAGGUUGUUUGUGUAUUAUUUUAAAGUUGCAGAUAAACUUUAGUAAUUUGAAA